CCUCUCUCACUCUCUCUGCUUGUGAAGUGUCGCCAUACAAAACCGAACGCCCGGAGCCCUAAAGCCGCGGGUGCCGCCGCCUGAUCCGUCUCCUCCCGUCUCUCGCCUGGGAAGACGCGUGCUCUCGCUCCUUGGUCCUAGUUAGGGUUUCGGCCGAUCCGAUCUCGCUGUAGGGUUUGAUGGCGUCGGAGGAUGUGGUGGGGAAGAGCACGGGGGAUUCGGCGGUGACGACGAUCGUGAACCUUGCCGAGGAGGCGAAGCUCGCGAGGGAGGGCGUCAAGGCUCCCGGGCACGCGAUCCUCAGCAUCUGCAAGUCCCUCGUCGCCGGAGGCGUCGCGGGAGGAGUAUCAAGGACAGCUGUUGCUCCACUUGAGAGGUUAAAAAUCUUGCUUCAGGUUCAAAAUCCUCAUAGCAUUCAGUAUAAUGGAACUAUCCAAGGCCUUAAGUAUAUAUGGAAGUCUGAGGGUUUUCGAGGACUAUUUAGAGGAAAUGGUACCAACUGUGCACGGAUUGUCCCCAACUCAGCAGUCAAGUUCUAUAGCUAUGAACAAGCAUCAAGUGGAAUUUUGUGGCUUUACCGUCGGCAGUCUGGCAAUGUGUGCUUUUUGUGUAAUUGGACAACUGCUUUCCAUGUGGACAAAAUCAUUUGACUUGGUAUUUUCAGAUGGACAACAGAUGGUCAUUGGAACUAAAGAUGCUCAAAUCACUCCUGUACUACGUCUUGGUGCUGGAGCAUGUGCUGGAAUUAUUGCUAUGUCUGCUACUUAUCCAAUGGACAUGGUCCGUGGAAGAAUUACAGUUCAGACUGAAAAGUCACCUUACCAGUACAGAGGGAUGUUUAAUGCAUUGGGCACUGUUUACCGUGAAGAAGGUUUUCGUGCUUUGUACAAAGGGUGGCUUCCAUCUGUCAUAGGAGUAAUUCCUUAUGUAGGCCUCAAUUUUGCUGUUUAUGAAUCACUGAAGGAUUGGUUAGUUAAAUCUAAACCAUAUGGUCUUGUUGAAGACUCAGAGUUGAGUGUUGUCACAAGGCUUGCAUGUGGCGCUGUAGCUGGAACCAUUGGCCAGACUGUUGCCUACCCUCUUGAUGUCAUACGCAGAAGAAUGCAGAUGGUGGGUUGGAAGGAUGCUGCCUCAGUCGUGACAGGUGAAGGCAGGAGCAAAGCUCCUUUGGAAUAUGCCGGAAUGAUUGAUGCAUUCAGGAAAACAGUGCAUCAUGAGGGCUUCGGGGCCUUGUACAAGGGUCUUGUCCCCAAUUCAGUAAAGGUGGUACCAUCCAUUGCGAUUGCCUUUGUGACAUAUGAGGUCGUGAAGGAUAUUCUCGGAGUAGAAAUGAGAAUAUCUGACUGAAGCCAGAAAUAAGGUUGAAAUGCAGCUUUUCUUUUGUAGGUUUUGUAGGGUUCCUUCAAAGGUAGGAUAUAUACAUAUAUUCCACAUUCAACCCUCACCCCGUGUUGACGAUAUCCAGCUAUUACUUUUGAUAACACUGCUGGACAUGUAGCAUUCCUCCUAAUAUCCAAAUAAAUGGAGAGAACAUGUAACUCUCGAGCAAUGUAUGAAGCAUUUUCUUUUGAA